GACCCAGGCGAGAGACUUUGUUAUGAAGUACAAGAUCAAUACUAUUGCAAUAAAUGAUGAUACGUCACGGAAUCAGUCAUUCUGGGAUAAUAUGAUAUUUAAUGGCAAAACCAAGACGCUGGGAACUGUCAAGCACUUCAUUGUAACUACGGAACAAAUGUUCAAAUCCAAGGAAGGAUAUCUCACACGAUUUGGUCAUCUCAUCCGGACGCUGGCGUUUCGGAAAACAAUCAGGCGUGUUUUCGUAGACGAGGCUCACUUCAUUUAUUUCACUGGUACUCCACAGUACAACGUUCCCGCAUUCCGACCAUCCUCGGGUCGCUUGAAUGAGAUAAAAAUACUCCCCUCCAUUCCUUGGCAGGUAUUAACAGCGACGUCGCCACUUCAUGUUCUCUCGGUCAUUGAGAGUGCUGUCCUUCGCUUGGAGUUUGAAGUUGAGAGGACAUGUCCAAUGAAAGAGGGGUGUAAAAUACACCAGAGAAGGACUUGGAUCGAUUUCUAUGGCUGGCAGACAUGA